GAGAGAUCGAAGCCCUGUGUCGUGCAUGCAUUUUGUGCACCUUUCCCCCCUUCGCAUGCACACGCGUUUUUCCCCUUCUCUCUCUCUCUCAAUAUAUAAGUAAGUACAUCUACAUGUAUCUAUACAAGCUCGCCUCUGUCUCUCUCCGUCUAUUUAAUUACUAGAUUUUACUUUCUUAUUUCUCGCCUCUGCCAGAUUACUUCUCCGAUCGCCGCCUCCUGCUUUUACUCCUUUUUUUAUCCCCUACUCUGAGUUUAAAUCCGAGAUUUGGAUUUAAAAUUAUUGAUGUAUCAAAUUUUGCCUUUCUCUUGAGAUUCCGGAUUGACUGAAUUGCGGAUUUAGGGUUUUGAUUUUGCGUUUCCCCUUUGUUUGGGGUUUUAGAUUUGAAUUUCCGAGGAAUGGGAUCAAAGAAUUGCAUGAAUCAUGUUUGCCGUGGAACGACGUCGUCUGAGUGGAAGAAAGGUUGGAGCUUGAAAUCAGGUGGAUUUGCUAACCUGUGUUACAGAUGCGGAUCUGCCUAUGAGAAUUCGGUUUUCUGUGAAACGUUCCACUUGGAGGAAUCUGGUUGGAGGGAAUGUCGGAUAUGUGCAAAGCGAAUUCAUUGUGGGUGCAUUGCUUCAAGAUAUGUACAUGAAUACAUGGAUUUUGGAGGUGUUGGGUGCAUAACCUGUCUAAAGCGAUUGGAAGUUCAUUCUAAACAAUCACUUCAGAUUCCUAGUAAUAUUUCUGAGGACACAGUUUCAACAAAUGGGAUUAAGGAUGUUCAUCCUGGAGUUGUAGAGAAUCGCAUUGAUGAUGACAAGUUUAUCACUCAGAGGUUACUGCAAUUGACCAAGGCUAUAGGUGCAAUUAAUGGUUGUUCGGGUCUUGAGCAACUUACACAUGAAGAUCCCUUGCUUAAAAGUAGGCAAAACAGCACACGCAUUCCAAAUCUCACUCAACAAAGUUUGUCAUCUACUUUCUUCAAAACAGAUUAUAGCAGACCAAGAGAUGGGGUUAAGAAUAUCUAUGAAUCUUUUGCUCAACCUUCCGUAAAUUUCUCAUUGAUGACACCUUCAAGUAGUCCGAUCACUAUUUUGCCUUUUCCUGGUGGGAUUGCUGAAGGAAGCGAACAGAGCAAAGGUUCUUUAGAACAAGCGCUCAAUGUUCUACCAAAACCUCCCAGACCUAGCCCUACUGUUGGGUCUGAGAUAAAUAAAGGAACUGUUUCACAAGCACGUGUUGCUAGGCCUCCUGCUGAAGGGCGAGGUCGUAAUCAGUUGCUUCCUCGGUAUUGGCCAAGGAUCACUGACCAAGAACUGCAGCAAUUAUCUGGAGAUUUAAAAUCCAUUAUAGUACCUCUGUUUGAGAAAGUUCUGAGUGCCAGUGAUGCUGGGCGAAUUGGUCGCCUGGUCCUUCCUAAAGCUUGUGCUGAAGCAUUUUUUCCCCUGAUUAAUCAAUCAGAAGGUAUACCAAUAAGGAUUCAAGACAUAACAGGGAAAGAGUGGACUUUCCAAUUCAGGUUCUGGCCUAAUAAUAACAGCAGGAUGUACGUAUUGGAAGGCGUAACCCCUUGCAUCCAAAAUAUGCAAGUACAUGCGGGUGACACGGUGACAUUUAGUCGCAUAGAACCUGGUGGUCAACUUGUCAUAGGCUGCCGAAAAGCAAUAAACAAUGGUGAUGCCCAGGAUUCCCAAUGUCUUGCCUCAACAAGUGGUGAUUCUCCUGGGGAAGCGUCAUUUUCUGGCGCUACUGCUGGCAAUCUGCUUUUAAAUGGAGGUAAAACUUCUGAUGAUUCACUCCAGCAGUCCAUGUCGGAGAGGAAGAAGGUGAAGAACAUUAAAAAUAAGAGGCUUCACAUGCAUACUGAUGAAGCCAUGGAGCUGAGAAUAACUUGGGAAGAAGCACAAGAGUUGCUUCGUCCAUCUCCCACUGCUGAACCAACUGUUGUUGUAGUUGAGGACCAUGAAUUUGAAGAAUUUGAAGAACCUCCAAUAUUUGGAAAGAGGACAGUUUUCACUUCUGGACCAUCAGGGGAGCAGGACCAGCUGGCUCAGUGUGACAGUUGCUUGAAAUGGCGAAGAUUGCCUGUGCAUGCUCUUCUUUCUGCAAAGUGGUCAUGUUCGGAGAAUAUAUGGGAUUUAAAAAGGUGCUCAUGUCCUGCUCCUGAGGACAUACGGCCCAAAGAUCUGGAACCUUUUGUUCCUAGUUACAAAGAAUCCAAGAGGAGAAAAGUUUCGGAGAACAAGAUGCCAAAAGGAGGGGAGCCUUCUGGCUUAGAUGCCUUGGCAACUGCUGCAGUUCUAGGAGACAACAUAAGUGCCAUAGCUGAGAGUUCGGUGGGGGGCACCACAAGGCAUCCUCGCCAUCGUCCCGGCUGCACUUGCAUUGUCUGCAUACAACCUCCCAGCGGAAAGGGGAAGCACGAGCCCACUUGCAAGUGCAACGUCUGUCAGACAGUACGACGCCGUUUCAAGACACUGAUGAUGCGCAAGAAAAAGAGGCAGUCUGAAGUUGCCCAAGCCAAGGAUAGGGCUUCCCUUAAAAUCGAACUGGGGAGGGAGGACAUAACCGGAGAUGAUGUGAAGACAGACGCAAUGGGGAAGGAAGCUGACAUGGAAGAAUCAAGCAAAGGGCAGUUGGACCUCAACUGUGAUCCUCACCGUGAGGACGAGAUGCUUGCACAGACAGCUGGAAUGAGCUUGACAACCUUGAUGAACUCGGUUGCCCUACCGUUGGAUAUGUAUCUCCCGCCUACCAUCUCUCAGAACCAAGAAAAUCUCUCCUUCAUCCCUGCAGAUACAGAUGGGAGAGGACAUCAGUAAAGAGUUACGUUAUUUAUUUAUUUAUUGUUAUUUAAAAAUUUGAAAUCCACAAAUUUUGUGUUUUUGGAGAUCACCGAAGUAUAUAUUUGAAAACCACAGUGAAAAGCUUGAGCGACUUCUUA